AUGACGUCAAACAACAUAUAUAGAGUUGGAGAUUGCGUUUAUUUUGAGGAAUCUGCUUCUGCCCCCUACCAAAUAAGACGAAUCGAAGAACUUGAUAAAGCCAGUGGAAACGAGGUGGAUGUAAAAGUAAAGUGCUUCUAUCGUCGGCGUGAUCUCCCUUCUGAUCUUAGUGAUCUUCAUCCACUUGAUGGGCUGUCGGAUUCUCAGAUCCAUCAACUGAGCCAACGAGAGUUAUUUGCUUCCCAGCACAUUGAAAUUCUCCAGGCUACGCACAUUCGAGGAAAGUGUAGCGUGAACAUGCGGGACGGCAUUGUGGAAGAAAACGUACAGUCUUUGCUAGACAGGGAAGACACGUUCUUUUACCAACUGUCCUAUGAUCCUGUGAAGAAAACUCUACAAGCUGAGAAAGGGUGCAUCCGCGUUGGAAGUGAUUUCCAGGCCACUAUCCCCGAUCUUAUUGAUUGUAACCAAAUUAAUGCCAAUCACAAGGAACACGAAUGGGAAACUCGAUUGUGGUCACCCCCAUCGUCGUCUAUCCUUUCUUCUUCUGAUAUCGACGCGUAUCUUACGAUGUGCAAGUCCCUGGCCACGUUGGCCCGUGCCAACUACGCACCCUCGUCCCUACGCCACCCCAGUCUCACCUCUUCUGCCGCCUGUGCCUCUCGCGAUACUACUCACCAGCUGGCCAUGGACACUUUGCAAGAGGCUGGACACUCCAUUCCGAAAGCUCUAAAAGUUCUCGCUCCCCCAGAUCAGGCUCCCAUUCUACGGCUAGAUGAAAUGGAGAAAUGGUCCAUCACUGAGGGUAACCUCUUUCAACAGGGGCUUCAGAAAUUCGACAAAUCUUUUCGCGAAAUCCAGAAAGCCAUGCUACCUUGGAAGUCUCUUGAGAGUCUGGUUGACUUCUACUACAUGUGGAAGACGACGGAUCACUACUUACAGCAGAAACGAGCCAAGGGCAUUGAUGAGUCGGAGCGUCGAUUGAAGCAGAUUUACAUUAGCAAUUACAUUAAACCCAAUCAGUCUGUACUGUAUCCUGUCGGUCGCGCUGAGGCUCCCACCACAUGCGAGGGCUGUGAGGUCAGCACAACUACCCAAUGGUACGCUCUUGGUGCCUCACCGAACGUCCUCAAGGUCUGCUCUAACUGUUGGUCCUAUUGGAAGCGCUACGGUGAUCUCAAGCACAUUUCCGUCUUUGAUAAGUUGGGCCCACUGACCAUGGUGUACAAGUGUCCACUACAAACUUGCGAUGAGGAGUUCGAUGAGAAAAUUAACUUGGUUCUCCACUUGGACACCAGGCACCCGCAGUACGGCAGUGCUUGUGCUAACCAGGUCCAGCCGACACCCUCCACUCGCAUUAUCAAAUGCCCCACCGUCAGUCGCAACGCCAAUUUCUUCUUCCUCGCUUCCUCGAACCUGCGCUUCUCGCGUCGAAUGGAGACAGGGUGGCAAUGUCGGCAGCGCGCCCGGCGGCCCUUCAAGCCCAUCAUGCUGGAGAUGGCAGUGUUGAAGGCCCUGCUGGUCUCACGCCUCACCGCCCACCCCGAUCUCCUCUCACGGCUCGCAGCUGUUGUCUACGAGCAGAAACCGAAACCUUCGAAAGAGGCAGCUGCUGAGCGUUUGCUCUCCUUCGUCGGGAAACUUACACCUUUUGAUGAGGUCGAAUUCGCUAUUAGAUCCUCCAAGCUUCGCAGUAGCAAAUUACUCAAAUUGUUCUCCUGCAACAUUAGUCGCAAUCGAUGGAAAAAGUGA